AUGGCAACAGAGGACCGGGAGAUGAUGGAAGCCCGGGGUGCGGGAGAGAGCUGCCCAACAUUCCCCAGGAUGGUACCUGGUGACUCCAUGUCUGAAGGCAAGCCAAGGGCUUCUUUGGAGGUAGAGUCCCUGAAGCCAGACUCCUCUUCCAACCAAGUGGAGGAGAUGGAAACUUGUGAGGACAGAAGCUGUCCAAGGUCGCCUAAGUCGCUGUCCUCCAAGGCCAGCCCCACUGCCAAGGGCCAGGCAGGUGACGGACCUGAACCCGCAGAGCUGCCCCCCACCCAUGGGACGGACUGCAGCACCCAGAUGGAGCUGGAGAAGAUCCGCAUGGAGUUCGAGCUCACACGGCUCAGGUGCCUGCACGAGGAGAAUGAGCGUCAGCGGCAGCACGAGGAGGUCAUGGAACAGCUGCUGCAGCAGCAGGUGGCAUCCUGCCAGUUCCCGGGAGGCUUCCAGGAUCUCCUGCUGCCCCAGAACCAGUUUGCCAUGUUCCUGUACUGCUUCAUCUUUAUUCACAUGAUCUACGUCACCAAGGAGAUGGUCUUCUUUCUCUUCUCCAAGCACUACCUGUUCUGCAUUGCGGCCAUUUUGUUCUGUUUGAUUAAAACAUUCUGGUCAUACUUCCAAGUGCCUUUGCUCUUUCCAUCACUGGGAACCCCAUCCAAGUUAGCCCCCAGCCUCCCUGACAUGCAGCAACAACCAAAAGAAAUAGACUUUGAACACCAGAGGGCUCACAAGCAGGCACAAAAUGAAGCCGCCCAGUGUGCAUGUAACAAAGAGGAGUUCAACUCCCCAAGUCACCAGCUCCCCAACUCCUGUUCCAACACACACACUCCUUAA